CUAAACCCUAAUUCACCUUCAACACUUCUGGUUCGAUUGUGCUGCUGCUGCAAGAUGCAGAUCUUCGUGAAAACCCUAACGGGGAAGACGAUCACCCUCGAGGUGGAGUCUUCCGACACAAUCGACAAUGUGAAAGCCAAGAUCCAGGACAAGGAGGGAAUUCCCCCGGACCAGCAGAGGUUGAUCUUCGCCGGAAAGCAACUCGAAGACGGCCGCACCCUCGCCGACUACAACAUCCAGAAGGAGUCCACUCUCCACCUCGUCCUCCGUCUCCGCGGUGGCGCCAAGAAGAGGAAGAAGAAGACCUACACUAAGCCCAAGAAGAUCAAGCACAAGCACAGGAAGGUGAAGCUCGCUGUUCUCCAGUUCUACAAGGUGGAUGACUCCGGGAAGGUUCAGAGGCUGAGGAAGGAGUGCCCCAAUGCUGAGUGCGGCGCCGGGACUUUCAUGGCGAACCACUUUGAUCGUCACUACUGUGGCAAGUGUGGGCUCACCUAUGUCUACCAGAAGCCCACUGCUUAGAGCUGCAUUUGGUUUGAACAAUGUUAGAUUUCUCUAUUUUGCUAUUCGAAGUUUGAAUUUUUGUUAUAUUCGACUUGUGGGGUUGACAUUUUUUGUGUUGAUUUAGUUUUGGUUGAGAUAACAACUUUAUAAUAUUUGCCGUUAGUAAUUUCAUAAUCUGUUAUGCUGCA